AUGGCAAGUUCAGCCACUUACUGCGCCGAGAAACAGUCCACCUCGUCGACGAUCUGGCCAUCAUGUUUGGUGCAGUUGGCUUCGUGGUGUUGCUGCUGCUCCCUGCCGCCUAGCUGGGGUGUGAACCCUGAUGACUAUAUCCAUUCCUGGGGAGCAACUACAUGGGGUUUCUGGGGCAGGACAGAGUCAUGCCAAAAUGGGUCUUAUGCCUAUGGUUUUGAAAUUGCGGUCGAGCCAGAGGUCGGGUCACUCGACGACGACUCCAGCUUAAAUGCCAUACAGCUGUUCUGCCGCACCCCUGGAGGCGGACACACAGGGGAGGUCACGUCAGAUACGAUGGACAGGGGAGUGUGGACGGGAUCCCACCACUGCCUCGGUGGCUUCCUCAGAGGAUACGAUCUCAAGAGCCACGCGGACGUCGGCGCCAUCGGAGACAACACAGCUGCCAACGGCCUGAUGAUGUGGUGCACGGGGGAGGAAACGCCGAUGGAGGCUCCUGGGAACAAGUGGGGGGAGUGGCUCGGUCCAUCGUACUGCAAGGAAGGUUACGUCAUCUGCGGUAUCAUGACGAGGGUGCAGUCCAACCAGGGGACGUUUGGCGACGACACGGCGCUGAAUGAUGUCAAGUUCCUCUGCUGCGAGCUGUAGGAUUUGUUUUGUUGUUUUUGUUUUUUUGUCUUUUGUCUUUUUGAUUUUUUCUUUUUUGUCUGUCUCUGUCUGUCUGUUUGUCUCU